UUGCAGUGCUGGAAGGAGAGAAGCAUAUAGAGUUGGACUCACUUGUUGGACUGUGGUUAGGAGCUGAUUCGACAACCUGAAGGCGUCCCGCGCUCAGUCUCUCACCUGCAUGGGGCAUUAUGAAGAAGUGUCCAGACGUCUUUCAUCACUGGGGGAGGAUGCCGUCCUGCUGAACUUUUGAAACCUUAAUCGCGGAUUGCUCUUUUUUUUCGUCUUUAAUUGUCUGUAUCUCGGUCGGUCCACUUUACGCGGUAGUUUCAAAUGCCCAACAUGGACCGUGCUGCGUUUGCCGUGUUAGCGGUCUUCGCCGUUGCGCUCAUCCGAGUCGGCGACGCGCACGGGGACGCGACAGGUGUGAGAGGGGACCGGGGGCCACACCGGGCGGUCUGGGACCGGCUGCGCUCCCGGGCCAGGAGCCAAGGUCCCCUGCCACUCGAGGUCGGCGCGGCCCCUGACGCCAGUCGAUCUCGGACGCCGGUGCGCCUGCCCAGAGGCGCACCGGCGUCCCCGGCGGACGGCCGGCAAACAUCCGGAGCGGGACCGGCUCACGCUGCAGGCGUCUCCCGGGAAGACCAGGCCCCCGCGCCGCGGGAUGUUGCGCAGCGCGCCGCCAGACAACCAGCCAGUCAGCAGCAGCAGCACAGAACCAGAGUGAACCGCAGGCAGAGCAGCAAGCCCGGCUCUGCCCACACAAGGAGACUUGUUGGGCCAAAUGUGUGCGGAGGCCAGCAGUGCUGCUCUGGCUGGGCUUUGGCCCCAGGAACCAAUCGCUGCAUAAAACCUGACUGCCAGCCCCCCUGCCUGAACCGCGGCUCCUGCAGCCGGCCACAUACCUGCGUUUGUCGCUCGGGCUUCCAGGGCCCCCGCUGUGAGGAGGUGGCCCCGGAGCAGGUGUACAUCCGCGACGGAGGCUCCCUGAGGCGCGUUCUGCCCGGCACCAACCCCUUCCAGAGAGACCAACCGCGGAGAAGGCCCUCGGAGAGGCAGGUCACCGAUACCACCAAGGCUCAGACCCCACGACCUGCCAUCACCAGACAGCCUGGCCACACUGCGACCCAAGUGAGACGGGGACCCCCUGAUGCCUCCCCUCAGCAGACGGGGACCUCCCGCACUGUGAAGCGUUAUCCAUCCUCCUCUGGGCCGAUCACCUCCAACGCUCUACCUGGUGGCAAUGGUUACGCCAACGAGCAAAGGAACAGGCACGGACACAGAACUGGACAAAACAAUGUGCACUCCUUUAACGCUCACAGGGCCGCCGGCGACAGCCAGCUGCACGGACAGUUCAACAACGCACUGCAGCCAGCAGGGGCCAACCUCACCUCCAGCCUGGACCGCAUCAAAAUCGUCUUCACGCCUAUGCUGUGCCGCAGGGUGUGCAGCGGUGGGCGCUGCUACAACAGCUGCGAGAAGGGAGACAUCACCACCGUCUACAGUGAGACCUCGCAGCAGCAGCAGCAGCAGCAGCAGCAGCAGCAGCAGCCAAAGAACCAGGGCUUCAGACUUUUCUUCUGUCAGAUCCCCUGUCUUAAUGGAGGCCGAUGCAUCGGCAGGGACCAGUGCUGGUGUCCGUCAAACUCCACGGGGAAGUUUUGCCACCUCCCAGCUCCUGUCAGAACCAGCCCUCACCGGGAUGCCAGCCACCAGGGACCAAAAUCUCCCUCCCACUCCAUGUACACGCUGCCACUGUCCAAUCAGCAAGUGUCUCUCCACCCGUCUUUGGUGAACGUCCACAUACAACAUCCUCCCGAGGCCGAGGUCCAGAUCCACCAAGUAGCUCGGGUCCAGCCCGGGCAGAGGCCGGCCACCACAGAGGGGGCUCACUCUGUCCAGCAACGCUCCCAGCCUGGUAAUGGACACGAACCCACGCAUGAGCACAGCAGCAGGCACUCGCAAGCCAACGGGAACGGGAACGGGAACAGCCACAACACCAGACCGCACCACCGUCAGAACGGACACGUGGGAAGAUGCUUUCAGGAAACAGUGGAUGGACAGUGUGGCAAGCCUCUGCCAGGCCUAACCAAACAGGAUGAUUGCUGUGGAAGUGUGGGUGCCUCCUGGGGUCUAAACAAGUGCCAAAAGUGUCCGACCAAACCAGCAUAUGCAGUGAUUGCCAAUGGACAAGUGGAGUGUUCCGAGGGUUUUAAAAGGAUGAAUCAGACACACUGUCAAGACAUCAAUGAGUGCCUGUUGCCUGGGAUCUGUAAGAAUGCAGAUUGUCUCAACACCAAGGGAAGCUACAGAUGCGUAUGUUUACAAGGCUACAUGUUAGACGCUGCCAGGAGUCACUGUGUCUCGGACAAGGCCGUGUCCAACCAGAGGGCCCUGUGCUACAGGUCGGUGUCAGCGGGCGCCUGCUCUCUGCCGCUCGCUCAACACCUCACCAAGCAGAUCUGCUGCUGCAGCCGAGUGGGCAAGGCCUGGGGCCCUGGGUGCGAUCGCUGCCCUUUGCCCGGAUCAGACCAUUUCAAGGAGAUCUGCCCAGCUGGCCACGGGUAUACCUACUCGCUCUCCGAUGUGCAGAUUUCUGUCAGACAUCUGGAAGAAGAUGAUCUGCAGAGCACAGGAGUAACAUGGGAGGAGCAGAGUCCAACUUAUCCGCAGCCUCCGUCCUCUCAGCCUUCACUGCUGUUUCCCAGAAGACCACAAUUCCCCAUCUACCCGCAGACACCACAAGUGCCCCAAUACCCCGAGUACCCAGAGACACCACAAGCACCCCGGCACCCUCUGACUCCGCAGCAACCUCUCCAUCCCUCUGACCCAGCCAGAGAGACACCCAAACAGCCAGCAGAUGUGGAAAUUCUGAUCCCGCCAACUGUUGUGACUGACUCACCGCUGAAAUAUCCAGAGACUUCUCCAGACUCCUCCGUCAUCGACCUGAGUCCAGAUUCAAGGGACACAACCCAAACAGACUCAACCACAGGUCAUGACCAGUGUGCCACCAUCCCCACCAUCUGUGGGCGUGGGAAAUGUACUCCCGUGCAGACGGGCUACACCUGCCAGUGCGAGCCGGGAUUCAAGCUCAGUGCACUGCAGACCAACUGCAUUGAUGUGAACGAGUGUGACGAGGACCCAUGUGAAGGGAAGGGCCGCUGCGUUAACAACUAUGGGUCGUACGCCUGUCACUGCCACAGUGGCUACAGCCAGGUGAUCACCCAAAACAGGAAGUUCUGUCAAGACAUUAAUGAGUGCAGCAUGCCCAACAAGUGCCAGAAUGGCAAAUGCGUCAACACAGAAGGAUCUUACACCUGCGAAUGCAACAGUGGCUACGCCAAGUCUCCGAGAGGCCCGUGCGAAGAUGUAGAUGAGUGCAGAGAUCCCGGCUCCUGUCCCAGCAGUGUCUGCGUCAACACUCCUGGGUCCUUCCGGUGCCAGGACUGCGGCCCGGGCUUCAAGCCUGUCAGUGGAAGAUGUGUGGAUGUAAACGAGUGCUUGGAUCAAACUGUGUGCGGCGGUGGUAGGUGUGUCAACAUGGAGGGCUCCUAUAGGUGCAACUGUUUCCAAGGCUUCAAACUCUCAACGGACAACAUUUGCCAAGAUGUGGAUGAGUGUGUGCUCCCGGGAGUGUGUCUCCAUGGCCGCUGUGUCAAUCUGGACGGCACCCACAAAUGCACUUGUAACCACGGUUACCAAGUCACCUCAGACAGCAAAGCUUGCGAAGAUGUCAAUGAGUGCGCUGCUGGUAAUGCGUGCCCUUCAGGGAUGUGCAUCAACACAGCAGGUUCUUUCACUUGCCAGAAUUGCAGGGAUGGAUUCGGACCAUCAGCCGAUGGACUGAGAUGUGAAGAUGUGGACGAGUGUGCCCAGGGUGACUUGUGUCUAGGCGGGGUGUGUGCCAACACACCGGGAUCCUACAGCUGCACCAGGUGUAAGGCCGGCUACACAGUGUCUCAAGACCGGCAGCGGUGUGAAGAUAUUGACGAGUGCCAGUCUUUGUCUACCUGUGCCAACGGGAUCUGUCUGAACUCGGAAGGCUCCUACACCUGUGAGAACUGCCCUACCGGGUACAGAAUAUCAUAUGACGGGGAGCUAUGCGAAGAUAUUGAUGAGUGUGCGCUGCCCACUACAUGCCCACAGGGAACAUGCACUAACGCACUGGGUUCCUUCACAUGUGUCGUCUGUCAACCUGGUUUCAGAGUCUCUGAGGAUGGACAACAGUGUGACGAUGUGGAUGAGUGCCUGGUGGCCAACGUGUGCCCGGGCCAGCUGUGCCUCAACACCCCGGGAUCGUACACCUGCAUGAGCUGUGAACCUGGCCUGCAACUGUCUGAGGACGGUUACAGCUGUGAGGACAUCGAUGAGUGCCAGACCUCAGGUGUGUGCCCCAUGGGCAUUUGCACCAACUUGGAGGGCUCCUUCUCCUGCAUGGCCUGUGACCCAGGCUUCACGGUGGCACCCAACGGGCUCUCAUGUGAAGACGUGAAUGAAUGCGAGGACGCCAGCCUGUGUCUCGGAGGCCAGUGCUCCAACACUGUCGGUUCUUAUAGCUGCUCCUGCCCCACUGGUCUGGAGUUGGUGGAUGAGACGUCCUGCAGAGAUAUCAACGAGUGCUUAACCAUCAUGGGGAUCUGCGGAGAAGGAAACUGUCGGAACACCGAGGGCUCCUACUCAUGCAUCUGCCCUGACGGAUAUACCACCGUCAAUGGAAGGCCCGGCUGCCAAGAUGUGGAUGAAUGCAGUAAAGAUAAUGUGUGCAUCCGGGGCCAGUGUGUCAACACCGACGGCUCCUUCUUGUGCUUGUGUGAGGCUGGUUUCAAGUUCAACGACGACACGGCUGACUGUGAAGACAAGGAUGAGUGCAAGGAGUUUGGAAGCACAGUGUGUGGUACCUGGCGCUGCGAGAACACCAUGGGCUCUUACCGGUGUUUCAUGGGCUGCCAGUCUGGCCUCGAGGGAGAUGACACCAAAGACUGUGAUAUUGAUGAGUGCGUCAAUGAAACCAUCUGUGGGAACCACGGCUUCUGCGAGAACACAGAUGGCUCCUUCCACUGCCAGUGUGACCAAGGCUACACCAACCCGCCCGGUGACAUGAGCAGAUGUGUUGACAUGAACGAGUGCGAGAUGAGCUUGGCGCUGUGCGGUGAGGCCCUGUGUGAGAACGUCGACGGCAGCUUCCUGUGCAUCUGCCCCAACGACAAUGAGGAAUUUGAUCCCAUCACCAGCCAGUGCCGCUCCCUGGAUGCUGACCUAAAACCCUCUGCCGAAGUGCCCCCGUCCGCCGCCUCCGCUGAGGAGAGGAAGGAGUGUUACUAUAACUUGAACGGCGCCAACUUCUGCGACAACGUCUUGUCGCGCAACGCCACCAAGCAGGAGUGCUGCUGCACGGUGGGGGCAGGCUGGGGGGACAACUGCGAGAUCCACGCCUGUCCCGUCCCAGGAAGAGAGGAUUAUAACCAGUUGUGUCCUCAUGGCAGUGGAUUAUUACCUCUGACUGUUUCCUCAGCUCUGGGAGAACAGCAUCCUUACAUAGAUGCAAAUGAGUGUGAGAUGUUUGGACCGGACAUUUGUAAGAAUGGAAAGUGUUCAAACCUCUUUUCUACCUAUACCUGCUACUGUCGCUCUGGCUUCUACUAUGACAACAUCCGGCUUGAGUGUGUGGAUUUUGAUGAGUGUAAGUUAGGAAACGCCUGUGAGAAUGGAGCCUGUGUGAACACGGCCGGGUCGUUCAACUGUUUCUGCAGUCCUCCACUUGUCUUGGACAGCACGCGGCGGCGCUGCAUUGGCCUCAACGCCACAGAAGAAACUCUAGAGCCCGAUCACGAUGUGCACAUGGAUAUCUGCUGGCAGCGUCUGGAGGGGGACAACGUGUGUUCAGAACCGCUGCAGGGACGCAGAACUACGUACACGGAGUGCUGCUGCCUGUAUGGCCUCGCCUGGAGCGGACAGUGUGCCUUCUGUCCCAGGAGAGACUCUGAUGACUACGCAGUCAUGUGCAACCUGCCUCGGAGAGGGGGUUCGGACAGUCUGCGAGAGCGGCAGGGGUAUGAAUACGGUCUUGAGGGGUCAGAGGAGCCUUUUGUUCCUCCAUACUGGGACAAUUAUGGCAGCCCCGCAGGACCCUAUGACAUCCCUGAAAGCGUCCCACUCUUCAACGACAACGACUACAGCGUUCAACAGCCGCCUGGCCGCGUGCCCAUCCCACGACCACGGGAGCAACAGCCGCGACCGGUGGAUCCGUAUGCUGAGCGCUACGAUGGCUUCGAGGGUCUGCGGGCAGAGGAAUGCGGGAUCCUGAAUGGGUGUGAAAACGGCCGCUGCGUUCGCGUGCGAGAAGGCUACACCUGCGACUGCUUCGACGGAUACGAGCUCGACCUGAACAAGAUGGCCUGUAUAGACAUAAACGAGUGCGAGGUCAUCAGCGACAAGGUGCAUCUGUGUGAGAACGGGCAGUGCACCAACACAGAGGGGUCGUACAAGUGCACCUGCUUGCCGGGGUUCGUGGCAUCUGCCCAACCGCACAAAUGCAUCCCGACAAUCCCGGAGUCUGGGCUCAGGGAGACAGGAAACUGAGACAGUGACUGUUGGAGCGCUGGCUUCUCCUGCUUGCUCGAAGAUCACCUGAAACACCCCCUCUGCCCUUUUCCCCCCAAGGGCCUGGCACUAAACCUCCAACAGUGACGCUGAAACGUCCAAACUCGUUUCCCCACGUUCAGAUUCAAACACACAAAAGCGCACACACACACACACACACACACACACACACACACACACACACACACACACACACACACACACACAAUUGCAUUCAGCACAAAACACAUCUGUAUCCCUCUGAUACACAUUCAAGAGGACCAGGAAUACAGUGCAGUGAAUGUAUUACAUGGGAUUUAAUAUUCACCAGAUAUCCAUUUGCCUUAAAGGGAUUUUGUGGACUGAUUUUUUCUUAUUCAGUAACCCCAGGCAAUUUGAUAUACAGAUAUAUUUUCCGCAUUAUUUUCUGUCACUUCUUUUUUUUUUUGUAUUAUUUAUUUCAUCUACAUGACUGGCCUCUGCAAAGUAAGAAAGCAACCUAUGUCAGAGGGCACACUCGGUUUCCUCUUAGUUUUAUUCGUCUCACCCAUCGAUUCAGAGACAACGUGGGGAGGAAAUAUUUAUCUUUUGUCAUAAAACAGCUUGUGCAUCACUGUCAAACCUCUUAGCAAUAUUGUCUCACUAAGUCAUUGUAAUCAGCUCUGGCCUUGGACUGAAUGGAUGCCAAGGUUGUCAAACGUCACAAAUUCAAAGAAACAACUUCUCCCUCAGCCUUCCUUCCUUGCUGUACUUCAAGAUGACCGACAAGCUGAAGUUAAAGAAUCUCUGGACCAAGAAGUGAGAAGUCAGCACCGCCAAACUUUCACAUUCAAAGCCUCAGCCUUAACGUGAACUAAGAAAGAUGAUAGAUGUAUAUGAUGAUCUAUGUAAUGUUUUUAAAAAGGUGCAAUAACCCCCCCAUUCCCCUGUUUGACACUAGUUUCGUAAUCUUAGUACAAGCAAUGAAGUAUAAUAACAUGGACUUGGUUGCUUUUUAACAGUAUUAACCUGUUUUACACAUAAAACAAUGCACCGUGCGUUUAAUUCCAGGCUACGUUAUACCCCAACUAAACUGAAGCUUAAAGAAGGUACGUUAGUUGAAAUUAUCGACAAAUAUCACUGCUUAAACUAUAAGAUUGGCUUAAUGCACUAGAGUCAGACGGGCAAAAAAGGAUUUUUUUCAUUCAGGUGCAACACAACCGGAUCCCAUAUCUCACAUCAGACCGUGUGUGCAUCUCUGAUUGCAUGUAAAGACAAAGGCUUCGUUGGAGAGGUUUGGUUUAUUUUGUACAGAUCUAGUACUAUGUAUUAUUUUUGUGACAUAUUCUCUUAAUGCAUUAUAGCACAACCAAUAUUUUGUUUGACGUAAAGCAUAAAGUGUAAGAAAAAAAUCUGGCAUUAUAGCUUUGUAGAUUUAUAAAUGUCUGUAAAAAUGUUUUUGUUUUUUAAGCAUCUCUUUUUAUGUAUGAGGAGAGUGGCUGACACUGUACCAGAGGAACUGUGUGUAUACCCUGCCCUGUGGAGCAGACCAUGAAAUAUAUAUAUUUUUUGGAAGUGGCAGCACUGUUCUAAUCGCAGACGUUUUGUCUCUUCAAGUUCAUUACGAAGACAGCGCUUUUCGGAAAUGCAAGCACCAUCUUAAUGGCUAAAUAGUAGUAAUUGUGAACAUAAUUUCUGUAAGUGUCUGUUCGAUCCUUUGGUCAUGAAUGUAUCAUAGACAGUAUCAGCCGACUCAUUUGCUUUCUGAAUUCCCUAUAACACCUUUUUGUCUUUUAUAUUCAGGUUUAAGAAAAUUAUGGCAUUAUUCGUCUAAAAGGACCGAAAGCUCAGCAGCAGUAUAAUAUUCUAACUUUGGAAGAUGACAAAAAGUUGAUGUCUAACGCCCUUAACCUGCAUUUAUCAUCUACAAACCUACAGUUGUACAAAGACUGUACUUUACUUUGCUGUUCAAACCAUAACAUGAACCGGACCAUAAAUCUAACAUGUAGGAAAAAAGUUUAAAUAUUUAUAGACUUUCAAACCCACAAAUAACUUGAGAUAAAUAUCUUGUUGUAAAUCUGUGUUCAUUGGAAAUAUAAUGCUCAUUCAUUUUGUUUACCUCUUGACUGUAAUUUCUAUCAGUCAUCGAAAUAAAAAACAUAAAAAACA